GAUGCCGAGGAUCCCACUUGGAAGUAUCCACCUGCAGUGAAUCGGACAGUGGACGGUGAAAUUGAAGCCACCAAAGAGCCAAGCAGAAGUGCUGCAAAGUGGUGGAGAAUAUGCUGCAUUUUCAGCAUCGUACUUUGCCUGGCACUGCUUCCUGUGCCACUCAGCAAGAUCUACUGUCUUCCACAAGCUCCGGGUGACAAAGAGUCUCGAGAUGUCUUGAGCAAUUUGACUUUCUCGGCACUCGAGGCUGCUGACCAUUGUGGUAUUCAUCCCUGGAAUGUUCAGCUGUGGCUUCUGGAGAGUGUCUUGAUUCACUCUGAGGUCCUUUGUACCAUGAAAUUCUGGGUUUGGCCCAACACCUGCCGCGAAGACUUCCACAAGUGCUUGGCAAGGUUGCCGCUGGGGGCAAACAAUGUCCCCUUCGGCUAUUUGGUGAUGUCAAGUUGGAGUCUUCCCAGCUACAUCAACCUCACAGGGAUCCCUACAAGUUCCUAUGACUACCAGCUGAUUGUCUCGGAGGGUCACCGGAUGCCAGAGAAGUUCUUUUCGGGUGAGUGGUGGCGAGGGAAUGAACUUGGUGGUGCCGUGAACAAUCCAUACUACUGGAGUGGUGUGGAGAUAUGGCCCAUGUCUAUUGGCAUGGGUAUCACUGAGCAGCAGCGUUCCGCGGUUCGCAAGUUCGUGGAGGAAGCAUUUGCAGCCCCUACGGACAGAGGUUGGAUUCGAGCUGGGCUCCGGCAGUUUUUCAAGGAGAGGGCUGAAGCUGGCGAACUGAACGUCAUGGAGGAUGUGUCCAUUUGGGUGCACCAGGUUCUCAUGAACACCACCUUGAACUGGAUGGUGGACUAUGCGUAUGCCAAGGAGUUUGUGAAGGUUCAAAGCAACUUCUUCACUUAUGGUACUGUCAGUCAGGUGGCUCCCAAGUCGACCUACAGCACCCUGGGCCGCUUUCUGAAGAUGCCACAGACCAGAGAUGCCAUCGCUGCUUAUGUCCGCGCCUAUUUGCCCAUCGUGGAAGAACGUUGGGGUCAAAAGCUGGCCAAUGCGGAUUGCUCGCCCUCGAAAAGCUGCACUGUCCAGCUGGCAAGUAUGCUCUUGGACGGUCUCCUCUCAACUGGGGGCCACUUCCUGCCAUAUGGAAUCAGAUCCGGCUUGGCGGUUCUGUUUUCCACUUCAUCAAGCAACCCUGGAAAUGGUCAAGGGGAGCUUGUGGCCGGACAUGAACUGGAAUUCUUUUGGGAGUGUUUGCGAAUGAUUCCGCCAGCUCUUGGAAUUCCUUACUGGAGAGAAACGAGACCAACCUGCGUCGGAAUGACAGCUGAAGAGACUCAAGAACUCACGGAAUACAAGGACAGCCGACUUGGGACGGACUUUCGCGUGUCCGAAGCUCGACAAGAACCCAUGGACUGGUCUGAGUCUGAGAUGAGAACCAACUCUCCAAGCAGAGGUCUCCCAGCAUCCUGCCGAGGCUACCCUCCUGUGAAUCAAUGGGAUGGUGGUCACCGCUACGUUCUAGGUAUACUGCUUGGGCAACAAGAUCCCCAUGUCUGGGGCGAGGGCGCGGAUUCGACUUUUCGCGUCCGGCCUCUUCAAGAGUACGAGAAGUUGUCUGUGGGCUUCAAUGAGAUGGCUACCAACUACGGCGUCAACGGUGGCCGCUCCAAUCGAAACUGCCCGGCCAAAGAGUUGGCUCUGCUGCUGGGGAAACUGUUCUUCGAGGAGUUCGAUGUGUCCGCGUGGGAAGCAAAGGAAGCGAAUAUUCAUAUCGAUUCUCGAGGUGCCGCCAGCAGGGUCCAGCCAUUCACGCUCUUGCCGCGCAAGAAGACCGUUCCUGAGAGUGAAACCUGA